AUGACUCCCCCCAACGCGAGCACCAUGAGCGAGGAGAUGCAAUCCAGCUUAUACCAGCUCUUCAGCGAAGCUCAGUUGUAUGAUGAGUGCCAGAUUUAUGGAGCGGCUCCUCUGUGCGAAGAGAACCUGCCAUACAGCGACUGGUUCUCCUACGGCGUAAACGACUACAGCUCCAUGGCAGAUGGUUCUGAAAUCUGCGAUUCACACUCACAGCCGCUGUCUUCGUAUGGAGGCUCAGAGGGCUGUUCGGAGGCGAGCUCCCCCGCAUCGCCGGUGUCUACGGACUCGUUCUUCUCACAGCAGACCUCGCCGGCCCCCAGCUUAUCUUGCUUCCCGUCAUAUGCAAGCAGCAGCACGCCUGCAACGUCGGCCUAUAGCAGCCCAGAUGCCACGGCUAGCCAAGAAGUGGCUUCACCAACAGACUCACUAACGUUUGCCUCCAAUGGCCGCGAUUAUCCUGUGUGUUGCUUACAUCCCGGCUGCGAUGCGAAACCUUUUAAGCGUCGCGCCGAUCUCGACCGCCACUACAAGCACAAGCAUGCGCCGGCCUCCCAAAAGGAAGCGUAUCACUGCGAUUACGCCCGCUGCGGCCGGCGGCGCGAUCCCUUUCAUCGCCGCGACCACUUUCGCGACCACCUGAGGGACUUUCACAAAGAGGACAUUGAAAAGCGCGGCGUGGCGGCAAAGGAAGACUGGUUCGAGGGCCGCAAUGCCUCCAUCACCUGGUGGCGCUGCACCAAGUGCCUGAAGCGAAUCUACAUCAGCCGCCAUGGCUACGAAUGCCCUACUUGCAAGACAUCCUUGCAAGCGAAGCGGAAGGAGAUUCGCCGGCGAGAGUAG